AUGCACGAAGAGGAUAGACAGGCGGAAAAAAUGCUUAAACAUCACAGCAGGGAAGGAAAAAAAAAAAGCUGGCACAAAAGUGAAAGAGGUAGAAACAACCCCUACUGCGUCAACUACGACGUUCUGCUGAAAAAUUGCAAAGAGGAACACUAUAUAGACCUUAACUUGGAAAUUAAUUACAAUUUGGAGGAAUUAUUAUCUUACAAGGAUAACAUAAAAAAAUGUUUGCAUGUGCAUAAUGGGCCGAGCAAACACAAUCUGCAGAGGAAUAGGAGGAGUUACCAUUACGACGAUGAAUGUGGCCGCUUUAGCGUGUCAAGUAGCAUUUCCCCUUGUUGUUAUGACGCAGGGGGUGCGAAAAAAGGUGCACGUGAUCAACCAGACAAAGUGGAAAAAGAAUUAUAUCGAAAUAGUGAAUAUACCGAUGAGGGUCAUACAUCCGACUCAAGCAACAGCUAUUGCUCGAACGUAACGGAUGGUUCUACAGAAUAUGAAAAAACGAACGACAUGAAUUUUUCUCAACGCAUCACCUAUGACAGUACCAUUUUGGAGGACAAAGUGAAUUUGUUUGACACGGUGUUAGCCCCAAAGGGAGUCAACACAAAUAGAAAAGGGGGGAAAUAUAAUGCUGUGUGUCCUCAAUGGGAUGCCAAAAAUGGGGACAACACAAAUAUAGACGACUCGUACGUCAGGACUGAGCUAAGUUAUGAACAGAGGGAGUGCGAGGGGGAGGAGGAAGGUGCAUCCCCUUUCCACGAGAGGGAAACCUCCAAAGGGACAUUCCCCUCGAUGAACCUGGAUGGACACACAUUGACCAACUUAAAAUUUCAAAAAAAAAAAUAUACCAACCCAACUAGCCAAAAAGUAGAAGAAGAAAUCCUCAACAAAUAUGAAAAAAUAAUAAAAAUUAUGAAGUAUUUAAGAAGAGUAAAAAAUAAGUACCCUGAAAUCGAAACAACCGUUUCGAUACUGUCCAAUCAUAUUAAAAAUGUAACAUUUAAUUGCGAGAAAAUGUUCGAUUCGAGACAAGAGCUGAAUGACUUUCUGAAAAAAAUUUACAUUUACCAGAUUUACCUCCUCAAAAGUAAGGUGCCGUGUUUACGCCUUGAAAAAGGGCAAUCCAGAAAAAUAGGCAGCGUGCCAAGCGGCACAGGAAGGGAGUAAAUGGAUAUGAGUUUUACUGAAAAAAGUGAUAUGUACAAAAAGGGAAAGGGAAAAGAUAGGGGUAAAUAUAAAAAUAGUAGACCAUUUAGGGGACAGGAAAAAACAACACAGGACGAUGACCCGUUGGAGAGUGAAACAAACUCGACGCACUAUUUCACCAAUCUGUAUUCAGAUGAUGCAGAAAAGACAUCCGCCUACUACGCUAACCUGAGGCAUACAUAUAGGGAAGCCCUAAAAAACCAUAUGCACAAAAGUGGGGAAAAUUUACAAAGCGGAAAAAAUAAAAAACAAAGUAGAAUAAAAAAGGAACACAUCCUACAUGAAGAUUCGUUGAACUAUAAAAAUGCCUACCCGAAGAGCGAAAAUUUUCCCAUGUCGGAUGAUGCAGAUGUACUGUUGGAACACGAACCCGUAAGAGAUGAGGCAAACAAACAAUCACAAGGACAAGGCUGGGGGAAUAAACGGAAUGUCCCAUUUAACACACACUUGGUAGAAUAUGAGUCGAAAAAAGGAGACUCGGAGCAACUUUAUAAGUGUAUCCCCCAAGACAGUACAAACAAUAGGGAAUACAGGGGGAGAAGCACUUUAAGUGACGCCUUAAAAAACGAUUACUUAGACGUUGUAGAUGUGCAGAAGUAUGGGUCCAUAGGUGGGCUCCCUUAUGGGUCAUCCCUAAACGCGCUUAAUUUAGCUAGGAGGGAAACGCCCCCGAGGAGAAGCCCAUCGAAAGGGGAAACGGGUAGAAAGGACCCUGCGGGCAAGGAGAGGAACAACCAAAAGACGCUUGUACUCUUUUAUGAUAUAAAUAAAGAGCUAAGUGCCAUCUCGAACAGGGACUCCGUCAUACACGCGCUGAAGCAUGCGCUUCUAAACAAGCCCCACAACUUCAGCGCCCGGCAAAACUUCCUAUUCAAAAUAAACGUCGAGCUGGUGGAGUACAAAAACUUCAUCCUGCUGCUAACGCGGAAUAUAAAGAAGCCACAUUUGGAAGCCCUCUAUGGCUUGAACGAUUUUUCGGUGUUUGAAAAGGUAAGCAAGUUAGAAAUAAGCAGCAUAGCCGCAUAG